AUGCACCCAUCGGCUUCUACACAUGACUACUAUGCCAUCCUCGGUGUCGGGAGGAGAGCGGACGCCGAGAGCAUCAAGGCAGCAUGGAGGCACCUGGCGAGGGUCAAACACCCGGACAAGAACCCCGGGAACCCGAAAGCGACAGCAGAGUUCCAACUGUUACAAUCAGCUUACUCCACGCUGAGCAACCCAGAGCGACGGAGGCAAUACGAUGAGCUUCGCUUCGCGUACUCCUUCGAGAAGAAGAAGAAGCAGGCCAGCAGCAACAGCAACACAGAACGCAGCAGCAGCCGUCGCGCAUCGUCAACGCCGCAGCCCGCAUCAUCAUCACCACCCCACCCAUCUAGUGGCCGAGCGCCCAAGGGACCCGGGAGCCACGCGUUGAAAGCGCGGCUGGAGCGCCUGCGCGCGAUGAAGGCCGCGCACGAGGCGGAGAUCACGAAAGCGCGGCUGCGGAUGAGCUCGAUGGACUGGGAGACGAACCACGGCCGCGAGGACGACGUGUCCGACACCGAGUCCGGGGUGUCGACCGCCACCGCCUCGUCAACCUCGUCAUCUGGCGCAGGAGCCUCCGCGCCGCGCCGACGGGACCACCACCGCAGCCACAUAGACAACCGCAGCUGGUGGGAGAAGCUCGUGGCGACCGUGGUCUCCGGUGGCCAGGAAGAGGAAGACGACGAAGAAGACGAGGAUGAGCACUUAGACUACGAUGAUAGCCAGCGGAAGGCAGCAGCAUCAGCAGCAGCAGCAGACCAGCAGCGGAGAAGAGUGAACUGGGAGUCCGCGCGGCAGCACACGAAGGUGGAGCAGUCGAUGCGGCAGUGGGAGCUGAUCCGCUCGCUCGAGGUCGACCUGAGCCUGAUCACGCGCGAGAUCCGCAACGUGGUGCAGCAGGAAGCCGAGGAGCAAGAAAAAGCCGAGCUGGCUGCUGCAAAGCAGAAGGCGAAGCUGGAGAGGCAGCGGCGGCGCGAGCAGGAGCGCAGACAAGGGACGACGAGGGCUUGGUAA